AUGACAUUCAACAUUUUGAAAAUCGCUUCAAUCCUUCCUUUGGUCUCUUCUAUGCCGGCCCUCGAGAAUUCCCCUCUUCCGACGACUCUUCAGCUUUCAAUCGUUUUCGGACUUGUUGUGGUUGGAAUACUCUUCCUUGUGAAAUCCGUCACUUGCUGUAUUACGCCAAAAUCACCACCGAAACAGCGACUCAAUUCCCUUCAAUCAUCGUUGGACGACCAUAUUCUCAUCGGAUCGAUCAUCAAGAAAGAAAAGCAAGUUACAGAAUCUUCUACACGCCUCCUUCCAGAUGCAUCAUUUAUUUACAAUCCUUCUGUUGAAUACGUCGUGUAA